GAAAGCCUUAAGGUGCAGCCGGCAGCCGGCAGUAUUCGCAGGUUGACAGACAGCAGCGGGGUUGUGUAAAUAACAAUUAGGCUUUCUGUACAUCUCAACAACAAAACAACAACACGUCUAGAAACAUUGUAAUGGUCUUAUAUUUCUAGUUAUACAGCGGAUGUCGGGAUUACUUGAUGAAGCAGCUGGACUCAUGGACGGGCAUAUUGAUGAAGCAAGGGUGAGGGGGGAUGAUUUUGAUGAAGUAAGAGAUCGGAAUCCAGAGCGCAGACAUAAAGAGAGAAGGAGCAGACCUAGACCGGAACAAGCAGAGAACAUUAAUGAUGGCGAUGUUAAUAGUGCUCCUGGACGUGCGGGAGAUCAAUCUGCUGAGUGGUUAAAUGAUCAGGAAGAACUUAGAUAUGGAGCCCAACAUGUAAUAAAACUUUUUGUACCAGUAUCAUUAUGUAUGCUAGUGGUUGUAUCAACCAUCAGCUCAAUUGGAUUUUAUUCAAAAAAGGAUGGCAUUUAUCUGGUCUAUACACCAUUUCAUGAAACAAGUCCCUUGGCAAGCACCAAAGUUUGGAAUGCUCUAGCAAAUGCAGGAAUUCUCAUGGUGGUCAUAAUCAUUAUGACAAUUGGAUUAAUUCUUCUUUACAAAUAUCGCUGCUACAUGGUCAUCCAUGGCUGGCUCAUACUUUCAUCUUUCAUCCUCCUGUUCAUCUUCUCUUAUUUAUACCUUGAAGAAUGCUUACGUGCCUACAACAUAGCUCUUGAUCAUAUAACUGCAGUUCUGCUGUUGUGGAAUUUUGGUGUUAUGGGGAUGAUUUGUAUUCAUUGGGUUGGACCUUUACGACUUCAGCAGGCUUAUCUCAUCUUUGUUGCUGCCUUAAUGGCUUUGGUCUUUAUCAAAUAUUUGCCUGAAUGGACAACAUGGGUUGUUUUAGGUGUUAUUUCAAUUUGGGAUCUUGUGGCUGUUUUAACACCUAAUGGUCCACUGCGCAUAUUAGUUGAGACUGCUCAAGAAAGGAAUGAAAACAUUUUCCCUGCCCUUAUAUAUUCUUCUACAGUGGUAUACUCAAUUGUUGGUACUGCAAAUAAUGAAACUACUGGUUCGUCUUCUGGUGUUCAGAUGGAUUCUCCUGGAGAUACUGAAAGUGGAUUUGUACCCUCUUGGAGAGAAGAAGCAAGUGAGCGAGAAGCUGCAAGGCGAAGGGCCAUGGAUGAAGAAGAAGUGCAGAUUCGACCUCGCAAUUCCAGCCAAAAUGAUGUUGCCAAUGAACUUGGUCUUGGAGAUGGCGAACAUCUAGGUGAUGACCAACAGAGGAGACAGCCUGCUGGACGUAGUCCAUUCCGUAUCCGGGAGGAUGAGGAGCGAGGUGUGAAACUAGGUCUUGGAGAUUUCAUAUUCUACAGUGUAUUGGUGGGGAAAGCGUCAUCAUAUGGUGAUUGGAACACUACAUUUGCGUGCUUUGUGGCUAUACUCAUCGGACUGUGCCUGACUCUUCUUUUGCUAGCUGUACUGAAAAAAGCUCUUCCGGCACUGCCCAUUUCCAUUACAUUUGGACUUAUAUUUUAUUUUGCUUCAACUCUGCUGGUUGCCCCAUUUUCUGACAGCCUUGCUUCUCAUCAAGUAUUUAUUUAGCAUUAAGAUUAUAUGUUUCAAGCCAGUGUGAUGUAAAUAGCUGUACCAAGUUGUGUUGUGGUAAAAAUAUUUAGUAAUCAAUUAAUUUUCAUUAUACUCUAACAAAGAUUCCAUGUUCCAUUAUUUUAUUUAAUGUACUAAGAGAGGUAAUAUUGAAGUAUAUUUAAUAAUGCUGUAAGCGAGCAUCAUCAAACCAAUGUUCCAUGUCUUGAGUGUUACUUUGAGAAUUCAUCCAUAUGUUAUAUUAGUAAGGAGGUGCAACAGACUGACAACGAGUUAUUCUGCAAUUAAUAUAAUAUUUUUUUCCAUAUUGUUAAUUACAACAAAAUAAUAUUAGUUAUUUAACAAUAGGCAUGGUUUAAAUAAAUCUCAUCACAGGUGUACAAAUAAAAAGAGAAAUCAAACUUUUAAAUCAAUAAGGGCUACUAUAUAAAAUCAUCUCUGGUCAGGGUAUUCCCUUAAACAAAAAAAACAGUAAAAAAGCAUUUCUGAGAAAAUAGGAGAGCUGGAGAGGCAGGUUUGUGGGACACCUGCAGUGCAAACUCUUAAAACUUACAUAAAUCUAAAAGUCUCCUUAAUGCUAAAAUUGAGUCAGCUAAUUCACGAAUAGUGAAUUCUACAGUAGCUGUUUCACUACCGUAACAGUAAAGACAAUACAUUAAAUAAAACUCUUUUUAUACUGAUAUUGAAAUUAAUGUACGUACCUCUAUGAUUAAUACUUGUGCUUAAUAAAAUUAUUUCCCCUGCCCAUUA